UUUUUUGAUUAAAUCCUUUUUCCCUGCUGAAAAAAAAUCGAACAAUAUAUCAUAAUAGCAUGCAUCAAGUCCUAUAGCCUUAAGUACAUGAGUAAUAAAAUGUUUGAUACGAUUCAAUUACCUUGCAUGGACUUAUAUGUUUGUGAACACAUUUUCGUGUUUGAGCGUUCGCAGAUGGAUCUAAACCGCUCGUGGGAGCAUGUAUAUCUGUCAGCGAAUUAGCCUACCCUAAACCACACUGGGAAACAAGCGCGUUGUGAAAUCAACCUAAAAAUAGCAUAACAUGCAACGUUUUUUAUGACGUUUUAGUGAUUUUUCUGGGAAGAUUUCUUUGAAGAUAGCUCGAUGCUGGCCAUACAAUUCAUCAUUGUUUUUCGCCUCUUCUUGCGCAUUUGGAGAGGCGCGGAUCACUCUUUUGGGAAGGUGAAACGCUCUGACUGUGCAUGGCUUUAAGGUUUGGGCUUAUGUUUCUCACUACUGGCUGUCUUGUUACAAAGGAAAACAAUAAACUACUGGACCCAAGAUCACAGACGUAGCCUACUGAUCAAGAAUGCGCUUAAUUGGAGUACACUGGCGAGGUGUCCCUUGCAUCACCGCCGGGAUCACGUUUUCGUAAUGUUCAAUACUUCGGGCGUCGAUCCCACUUCCAAUAAGAGAGAGGAUGUUUCCGAAGUUAUCAAUGGCACUCUGGAGCUUUUCUAUAACGUCCUGGUCACAGCUGGUCCAACAGCCAUGUGGAACGAUACGUGCGGGGAGACACUACUUGAUUUCGGCAGUGGAGAGAAGAUAAUAAUCGGAGUGAUGUUGGCAAUCAUCACAGCGGUCACUGUGAUGGGAAACACAUUGGUUGUCAUAGCGGUUUGCGUGGUGAAAAAAUUAAGACAACCGUCAAACUAUCUUCUUGUGUCGCUGGCUGUGGCAGACCUCUCCGUGGCCAUAGUUGUCAUGCCCUUUGUUAUAGUGACAGACCUAACUGGGGGCAAGUGGCUUUUUGGGGAGGUGUUUUGCAACAUCUUCAUUGGUAUGGAUGUAAUGUGCUGCACAGCCUCCAUCAUGACCCUGUGCGUGAUCAGUGUUGACAGGUAUCUGGGGAUCACCCGCCCCCUCACAUACCCAGCCAGGCAGAAUGGCCAGCUGAUGGCCAAGAUGAUCCUGGGGGUGUGGCUGGUGUCCGCCUCCAUCACCCUGCCACCCUUCUGCGGCUGGGCCAAGAAUGUCCACGCGGGCGGUGUGUGCCUCAUCAGCCAGGACUUUGGCUACACCAUCUACUCCACGGCUGUGGCUUUCUACAUCCCCAUGCUCGUUAUGCUCUUCAUGUACUACAAGAUUUUCAGGGCCGCCCGCAAGAGCGGUCUCAAGCACCGCUUCACCGACUUCACCCGGCGCGAGCGGCUGGAGACGGUGGCAAGCGAGGCACUGAGGAUGCAGGGCCUGAAGCCGCAGGGCGUGGCCGAGGAGUGUGCGGUGCUGUCCCGUCUGCUGACCCGCGAGCGCCGCAACAUCUCCAUCUUCAAGAGGGAGCAGAAGGCGGCCACCACGCUGGGGGUGAUCGUGGGCGUGUUCUCCAUCUGCUGGCUGCCCUUCUUCAUCCUGUCCACGGCCAGGCCCUUCAUCUGCGGAGUGGAGUGCAGCUGUGUGCCCAUCUGGCUGGAGAGGUUCCUCCUCUGGCUGGGCUACGCCAACUCCCUCAUGAACCCCUUCAUCUACGCCUUCUUUAACCGGGACCUGCGCUCCACCUACAAGGAUCUGCUGCGAUGCCGCUACCGCAACAUCAACCGACGCCUGUCCGCCGUAGGUGUGCACGAGGCCCUUAAGGUGUAGAAGGAAGAGGACAAUGACAAGGAGGAGGAUAGUUUGGGUCCCCAGAAGCAUCAAAGGAAUUUCUAAUCCUGUCCUCAUUGUAAAGACUACUGGCUGCUACUCUUUGUGAUUGUAUAAUAGAGGCUCAGAGGGAUGACCUGUGACCUGUGGCUGUAGAUAAAGACAGAGACAGACUGUUAAUACCUAUCUAACCCGCUGUAGAGGCACAGAGACAAGGCCAUCACUUAGGUCUUAUGACUGUCUGACUCACUCAGUCAUUCUAUUUUGGGACACAAAACCAUAGACCGUAUUUGACAGCCUAUUCAAGUUGACACUGGCUUUGUGCAUAUGCUACAAUUCAGUCCUGACUUCAUAUUCAUGUCAGGAAGAUGAUGCAUUGACUUGGGAAAUCACAUGCGGACCCUGGCGAUAAUUCUAGGUCAUUAAACGCAUGGGCUGCAAAUGGAUUUCUGCACAAUGAUAUUUGCUAAAUUAAUGCUUGCGCAAGGGGUGCCAUUAGCUAUUGACUUAAACCAGUGAAGGUCGCGGAAUCUGUAUCUAUGUAACUGUUUCCAGUUCAACUUGUCCGUGGUCUAGUAGGUGAUGAUGGUGAACAAUUGAAAGUGGUCUGUAUAGGUACAUGUGAAUCUAUUAUUGUUUGGAGGCAGGCAAGUGUUUAAUGUUCACCAACAAAAAU